AUCCAUCUAUAAUAAACUCACUGAAUCUUCUUCCACUUCCUUACGUAACUUCAUGUCUCCCAAAUCUUCUCACUUCCCUUCCGACGACUCCGACUAUCUCUCCGGCUUCGCUAACAACUUCUCGUCGGAGUCCAUUCCCGGAGCCCUCCCCAAGGCCCAAAACAGCCCACUUCUCUGCCCACUCGGCCUCUACGCUGAACAGAUCUCCGGCACCUCUUUUACCGCACCCCGAAAGCUCAAUCAACGAAGUUGGUUGUAUCGGAUCAAGCCUUCGGUUACUCAUGAACCGUUUAAACCAAGAGUGCCGAAACAUGAGAAGCUUGUGAGUGAAUUUAGUCAGGUUAAUAGUGCGAUUAACCCGACUCAGAUUCGGUGGAAGCCGGUUGAUGUGCCGGAUGAACCGACGGAUUUUGUGGAUGGGUUGUACUCUGUUUGUGGGGCUGGGAGUUCGUUUCUUAGACACGGUUUCGCCAUUCAUAUGUACACUGCAAAUAAAUCGAUGGAUAACUGCGCUUUCUGCAAUGCGGAUGGCGAUUUCUUGAUAGUUCCUCAGAUUGGAAGGCUUUGGAUCACUACCGAAUGUGGAAAAUUACAAGUAUGCCCUGGUGAAGUAGUAGUCCUACCUCAAGGAUUCCGCUUUUCUGUAGAUUUACCAGAUGGCCCUUCGCGUGGUUAUGUUGCUGAAAUCUUCGGUACCCAUUUCCAACUGCCUGAUCUUGGUCCAAUAGGUGCAAAUGGUCUUGCUUCUGCAAGGGAUUUCCUUGUUCCCAAAGCUUCAUUCGAAAAGGAAUCUCGUCCAGGGUACACAAUUAUACAGAAAUUUGGUGGUGAGCUUUUUACCGCUAAACAAGAUUUUUCACCUUUCAAUGUGGUUGCUUGGCAUGGUAAUUAUGUCCCUUACAAGUAUAAUCUAAGCAAGUUCUGCCCUUACAAUACAGUUUUGGUUGACCAUGGUGAUCCGUCAAUUAAUACCGUUCUGACUGCGCCAACUGAUAAACCUGGUGUUGCAUUGCUUGAUUUUGUCAUAUUCCCGCCACGGUGGUUGGUUGCUGAACAUACGUUUAGACCACCUUACUACCACCGCAAUUGCAUGAGUGAAUUUAUGGGUCUUAUUCAUGGAGGAUAUGAGGCAAAGGCUGAUGGGUUUCUGCCUGGUGGUGCAAGCCUUCACAGUUGCAUGACUCCUCAUGGGCCCGACACUAAAACUUACGAGGCUACGAUUGCGCAAGGCAAUGAUGCUGGGCCCCACAGAAUACGAGAUACAAUGGCUUUCAUGUUCGAAUCAUGUCUAAUGCCACGAAUCUGCCCGUGGGCUCUAGAAUCGCCGUAUGUGGAUCAUGAUUAUUACCAAUGUUGGAUUGGAUUAAAAUCACAUUUUGUCGACAACACGGAAAACACAGGCUUACAAAACCACGAGCGCUCCAAUACCGAAUCAUAGAGUUAUUCAUCUGCCGGGUUUUCAAGAUUAUAUAAAGCUGGAAUGAUGAUGUUUUCCCAUAUGAAGUAAAUCUACUGGUAAAUAAUGUGUGCAGAUGAAGCAUAUGUACAUAAUCAUGUAGGGAUAAGGGUAUUAUAAUAGUAGAUUAGUAGAUAAAUAAUGAUGAUCAUAAAGAAAAACAUACUAUCUAAGGCAUGGGAUCAAAUACAAACUCUUGUUUUUGUAAGAACCAUAAGAACCAAUACAUAAAUGACAAGUGUUAUUCAAUUAAA